AUGUUCUCAAGCUUCACCAGAACCGCUACAAAGACCAGACUUCCAUCGCUGCUCAGACUCCAGUCUACUUUCAAGAUCCCAGAAAAGCAGAUGGGUGUGAUCUUCUACAAACAUGGAGGACCAUUGGAGUACAAGGAGCUGCCAGUUCCAAAGCCAAAGGCCACGGAGAUCUUGAUCAACGUCAAAUACUCGGGUGUUUGCCACACAGAUUUGCACGCCUGGAAAGGUGAUUGGCCGUUGGCUGCCAAGCUUCCUUUGAUUGGAGGUCACGAGGGUGCUGGUGUGGUUGUUGCCAAAGGUUCUGCCGUCACGAACUUUGAGAUCGGUGAUUUGGCCGGUAUCAAGUGGUUGAACGGCUCGUGUAUGUCUUGUGAAUUCUGUGAGAACGGUGAUGAGUCCAACUGCUUAAAGGCCGACUUGUCCGGUUACACUCAUGAUGGAUCUUUCCAGCAGUACGCCACUGCCGAUGCCAUCCAGGCUGCCCACAUUGAGAAGGGUGCCGAUCUGGCCCAGGUUGCACCAAUCUUGUGUGCUGGUGUUACCGUCUACAAGGCUUUGAAGACUGCAGACUUGCGUGCAGGUCAGUGGGUUGCCAUUUCCGGUGCUGCCGGUGGCUUGGGUUCUUUGGCCGUGCAGUAUGCCAAGGCCAUGGGUCUCAGAGUGCUUGGAAUUGAUGGUGGAGAUGCCAAGAAGGAUCUCUUCUACAGUAUGGGCGGAGAUGUGUUCGUUGACUUCACCAAGUACGGAAAAACCGACACCCAGAAGAUGAACCAGGACAUCCAGAAGGCCACCGACGGCUUGGGACCUCACGGUGUCAUUAACGUGUCUGUUUCCGAGUCUGCCAUUACCCAAUCCACCGAGUACGUCAGACCUACCGGUAAGGUUGUCUUGGUCGGUAUGCCAGCAGGUGCCGUUUGCAAGUCCGAUGUCUUCAACCACGUCGUCAAGUCUCUCCAGAUCAGAGGUUCUUACGUUGGUAACAGGGCUGACACCAGAGAGGCCUUGAGAUUCUUCUCUGAGGGUAAGGUCAAGUCACCAAUCAAGGUUGUUGGAUUGUCCAAGCUUCCUGAGGUCUACAAGCUCAUGGAACAGGGUAAGAUUUUGGGAAGAUACGUUGUCGACACUUCCUACUAA